UUUAAAUAGGUAGGAUGUGGGGAAUUAUGCGUGUUAUUUAGGAAGGUCUGUACUUUAUGCUAUCUGUAAAGUAACUCAUAAAGUGUUUCUGCUUUUCGUAGGUUCUCGCUUGAAGAUCAACUAACAGGUGAUGCAGAAUGUAAAAGGAGGGUUUGAAUUUCAUACUGUUGUAUAACAUAAGGAAGACUUGCAGCAGCACCAGCCAGUAUUUGAAGUUGAACAUGUAAAUAAGCCAGGAAAUGUACCAGCAUGGAGGGGAGGAUGACAAACACAGCUCCAGUUAGGAAACCUUACCGAAAAGCACCGCCCCAGCACCGGGAAAUGCGGCAUGAGCAUGCGAGAUUUGAGGAAGAUGAAGAAGCAUCAUUACCAUCUGAACACUAUCAGCUUGAACAUGUUUCGGAUGCUGAAAAAAUCAAGCUUUUGCAGCAGGAAAACGAGGAACUUCGUCAGUGUCUAGCACAUACCACGCACAGAGCAGAGUUGAUGGAAUCUGAUUUUGCAGCUACUCAGCAUUAUAUGGAAGUAGAACUUGGCAGAAAUCGAGAUGAGUUUGAAAAGUUAAAAGAUAAAUUCCGCAGGUUGCAGAACAGCUACACAGCUUCACAAAGAGCCACUCAGGAUCUGGAGGAGAAGCUUCAUGUGUUGAUUAAAAGGACGGAGAUGGAGAAGAAAACUUUGGAUUGGGAGAUUGUGGAGCUCACUAACAAACUGCUGGAUGCAAAAACCACUAUUGAUAAACUGGAGGAGCUGAACGAGCGCUACCGAUUAGACUGUAAUCUGGCUGUACAACUGCUCAAGUGCAACAAGUCUCAUUUUAGGAACCAUAAAUUUGCAGAUCUUCCAUAUGAACUGCAAGACAUGAUCAACAAACACAUUCAGACUAGUUCUGAUUCUUCCAGUACAGAAAAAGCAACAGAGCAGUGUCUUGCCCCUUCAGAUGUUGUACCGACUUCAGUUAUUGCAAGAGUGUUGGAAAAACCAGAACCAUUGGUACUUAAUUCAGCUAAGUCGAGCAGUGGGGACAGUCAUCCAUUAGCAGAAGAUGUAUUUGUCCAUGUGGAUAUGAGUGGAAGCCCAGGUAACAUUGAUAGUGGCCUUAGAUCUGCUGGAAAGGAAAAUGAUGGCAGGCAGAAUUUUAAUGGAUUAUGCAGAAGGCAAAACAGCAAUGAAAGUUAUAGUGAAGAAGUAGCAACAUUUGAAAAGCUGAGUCCUUAUCCAACACCACCCCCUCCUCACCCAGGGUACCCAGGGCGCAAAAUCAUAGAAUUUUCUUCUGAUGACAAAGUGAAAAUACCAAAGAACAGCCCUCUUCCAAAUUGUACUUAUGCUACUAGGCAAGCUAUAUCACUUAGCUUGGUGCAGGGAGAUGAGGAUGGUUUGGAUCGGAACAGAACUUUACCCAGUAGUCCUGCAUCUGAAGGGAGGAGGUCAGCACCAGCUGCUAGUUGGUCUUAUCAGCAUUCUUCAAAAGGAGGUGCGACUCAAGAAUCAGAAUGUGAACUCAGGUCAUCUCAAUCUAGCCCCUUCAACAGCCCUCCUCAAGUACCAAGUGCCUUUGCCAGUUCUGCAAGCUCUGAAGAAGAUAUUUUAGCUAACUGGCAGAGGAUGUUUGUAGAGAAGAUCGCUCCUACUUCUGAAAGGACUUUUAUCAACCGAACCUCUUUUAGUCGGGAAACAGCCCAGGAGCUGAAAAAGAAUCUAAGCAAGUCCAUGCAGGAAUUGGGUGAAGAGAGAUGUGCUUAUUCUGAUGGUGAAGACUCUGUGCAGAGCUGUAGGUGGGCAGUUAGUAGAGACUCAAGUUUAGACACAGAUAGCACAGAGCUCAGGCCUCUGAAGAGCCACUCCUCCCCAGAAUGUGGAAGAGACCCCAGGCAAGAUGAAGGCAGUAGGCUGUUACAAGCUAGUAGUGUUAAUGAAUUGAGCAGCAACAGUACUUCUGUCAGCAGGCAGAGGGACUUUGUGAAUGUAGGUUCUGCUGCAAGCUCAGCAGAGGAGCGAGAGGCCCUGCUUCAAGAAAGUGUGGUAAUCAGUGCUACACCUGUUGGUGAGGAUGAAUUAGAACAGAGUCCACCACCACCUCCUCGUCAGCAGAAAAGCCCAAAGCGAAUGGGAGUGCACCAUUUGCAUCGCAAAGACAGCUUGACACGAGCACAGGAACAUGGCAAUCUCCUUAACUAAUGCUGCUAAAUUAACUGAUUUCCUGGUAACUUACCAGUACGCAACUCCUCAGGGCAGAAAUCAAUUAAAAGUAACUGUUUUCUAAAAGAAUUUGUGGUUUGGUAAGCUGCUGGUA